CCCGCGCGCCCCCGCCUCCUGUCAGCGCCGGUGCUUCCGCCGCGAGGCGGCUGCGGCGUCCCGGCAGAGACACGGACACGGACACGGACACGGACACGGACACGGACACGGACACGGACACGGACACGGACACGGGCCGCGCGGCGCCGCCUCUCCCGCAGCCACCGGGCGAGGACAGCGCGCCGCCGGCGAGCUGCCCACACGCCGCAUGGAGGCGGUGGCUUCGGUGACCUCCUAAGAACGCGCUGGCUUGAUCACCAUGGCUUCAAACUCUGGAGCUGCUCCUGGUACUGAGGGAGCCAGAAAUUUAACAUUGAAGAGGUGCCUUGAUGUGCUCAGAGAUGCAAAAAAUGACAGCGAGCAGUUUGCAGCCCUGCUUCUGGUGACCAAAGCAGUCAGAGCAGGAGAAGUAGACUCUAAAACUCGUCGCCAGAUCUUUGAUGCAAUUGGAUUCACGUUUCCGAAUCGCCUGCUCGCCUCCCGGGAGCCUCCAGCAGGCUGCCCAGAGCACAUGUUCCAGGCACUUGGCCUUACUCUGCUGGCCUGUUUCUGUACCGAUCCACAGUUAGCCAGCCACUCCCAGAUACUGAACAAGAUCCCAGCCUUCAAUGACAUCCUGGUUUCCCCCAGAAAUCCAGACAGUUCAUCCAUGGUGGAUGAUGUGUACCAGUGCCUGACUGCUGUCAUGGCCACUCCCAGGGGCCCCAAACAGUUGGUGUCCAAAGGAACAGUGUCUGCCCUCUGCCAGGCCUAUGUGAACUGCAGUUAUGGCUCUGACCGUGCCUUGCAGCUGCUCCUGGGGCUCUUGGCCACAGCAGAGGCUAAGUGCUGGCAGAGAGACACUCCACACCUCUUGGCUGUGCUGAGCAAGCUCUCCGAUGAGUUUCUCAAGACUGAAGACAUGACCAAAUUUAAGCUGUGUGAGGUUCUGCCUCACUUCAUCCCCCUGUCACCACCACUCACACAGGACUCGCAGGGCUCUGAGUGCCUCCACAAGCUUUACGCAGGGCUGGCUCGCAUCCUGGGCAGUAAACUCAGCCAGUCACAGCGGGACCCUGCUCUGAAGCUUGCUGCCUGCCUUGUGCAGGCGUGUGGGUCAGACUGGAUCCCAGCAGGGCGUGCUGGAGGCAAAUUCUUGGCCUUGCUGGUGAACUUGGCUUGUGUGGAGGUCCGCCUGAUUCUGGAAGAACCAGAUCCCAUGGAUGUGGAGGAGAAGAAGGAAGUGGUAACAGCCUGCUAUGUCCUUAUUGAGAUGGGGAUCCAGGAAUGCCUGAGCGAAGAGAAGCCGCUGCUGGAAGAAGUGCAGAAAAUGCAGCUCAUGAGAAUCAUGGAGGAGGCAUUUGGCGCUGUAAUAUUCUAUCUGAGACAGGUUAGGCAGGAGGAGCUACACAAUCCUUUUAUAUUUGCUUCUGUUCGAAUCCUUGGAGCCUGGAUGGCAGAAGAAACAUCCUCCCUGAAACAGGAAAUCUGUGAGCUGUUGCCUUUCCUUGUUCAUUAUGCCAAGAAGCUUUUCAAAGAGGGAGAGACAGCUGCAAGUCUUUCCCAGCAUGAUGGGACGCCGGCUGGGCUCGACAGCUCCGAGGGCUCAGGCUUACCCCGGGAUGCUCUGAGAUUUCUGCUACCUGGCUUUUGCCAUUUAACAGCAGAGGACAAGCCCCGGGACAUCCUCGUCUCAGAAGGAUUACCAGCACUGCUGUGUGAGUACUUCCUGCAUCAGUGGAAGGUGCUGAUAUCGGAGCCCAGGUCCCUGACUCCAUUGACAAGCACUGAAAUGAGUCUACAGACUGCAUGUGGGAUUUUCUUUAACCUGGUUGUGACUGCACCAGCUAUUAUCAGGCAAGACAAGUCUUUUUCCUCUUUGAUGGACAUGUUGAUGAAGUCUCUGCCAUUUCUGCUACCCCAGAAAGAUCACCUGGUUCUAGCAGCCAACAUUGCCACUCUGGGCUUGAUGAUGGCCAGGAUUCUUGCAAAUUCAGCAGUUCUUCAGGGGACCAAGUCUGCCAAGGAGUUUUUUGGAGCUACCAUUCACUUCCUAUCAGAGGCCCACGCUGCUCAAACAGACCCCAACAGCCACUGUUUGGCCAUGGCCGUGUCGCCUGCCUAUGAGACCGCCUGGGCUGACAUCCGUGAGCUUUGGUUCCUGGGGAUGCAGGCCUUUGCCAGCUGUGUGUCGCUUUUCCCGUGGCUGCCACAAACAGUGCUCCAGGCACAGUGGCUGGAAGGUCUCUCGGAGUUGUUGGCCCAAGUCGCUCCAACCUCAGUGGAUUUUGAACUCAUUGCUGCUUUCCAGGGUGUCUUGGUAGAGCUGGCCAGAGCCAGUAAACCAUGCAAAGAAGUGAUUAUGUUGCACCAGGGGGAGGAAUGGGCAAAUCUUUACGGUAUGGCAGCUUUGGAACAGUGUCUUUCUGAGCAGUAGAGUCUCUUUUCAUCAGCAAUACAGGGUGGAAAAUAAAGCCAGGCACCUGCACAAAAUGUGUUAAUCGUCACACAGACUCUGAUGCUAGGUAGGGACAAGAAACAUUUACAAGACCAAACUUCAUAAAAUUAGAGCAAUGCAGCAGAGUGCAGCAGGAUUUGUUCAGUGCGAAUACCUGAUGCCCAGAACAGUUGCUGCCUCUAUAUAUUUCAAGAUGUACCUGUUCAACCUUCUGUCAAUGUUUCUUUAUCUUUAAAAACAACCCUUUACACUUUUGAGGAA